UAAGCCUAGCACGCCACUCCCCUAACCCCCUCUUUCCCAUUUAUUACUUCUCAAAAUUCUAUUUUCCUUUUACUCUUUCUUUUUUCAUAUAUUAAAAACAAAACGUCAAUUCUCUCUAGUUUCUCUCUCUUUUUGUUCUUUAUAUUUGCAGUCUUUCUUGAUUUAUUCCUCUUCCUUUGCUGCCACCCUCCCAUGUUUUCCUCUAUUCCAAAAUAAAAACCACAAAAACUUUCAUAUCAAUUAAGUCUAAUUCAUUUCAAGAAUUUUGAAGAUGCAAGAAUGGUCCAAGAUUAUUUUAGUAGCAGUUUCAAGUGGUAUUCUUGUAUUAAUUGUCAUCACGAUAAUUAAGAGAAGGUGUUGUCCAAAAAAGCCUAGAGAAAAAAAUAAUCAGAAUUUGCAAAAUGGGAUAUCAAAACUCCAUCAUGUAAGUCUUCAUCAACUAGAAAGAGAUGGUACAAAGAAAACUAGUAAUUAUUAUGUUUUCAAGCAAGGGGGUGUAACAUCUACUAAGAAUUUUUUCAAUUGGUCUGAUCAUCCAUCACUUGUUACUGAUGCUGUUGAAAAUGGAUGGUCAAGAUUUGCUUUCACAACUUAUACACCAUCACCAUCCAUUAGAUCAUCAACAGCGAGGUCCCUAUUGGGAUCAUGUGGUGUUGGUGAAAAUGGAAAUGAAUUAUUUGAGGUUGACAUAAGUUGGGAAAUUUGUCAAGGGUCUGCUGAUUUUAUGCAAAAAAUUAGAUUCAAUUCUGGUGUUAAGAAACUUAGCAAAAGUACAAAUUUUAUGUCAGCUUCAUCUGUUAUUAAGACAUCUUUGCCCUUACCAGGACCCCAUUUGGGUAAUUCAUCAUUUCCACAAGAAUCUUAUUUUGAGAUUACUAUUUUGCCUUGGAAUAAUCAAGAUAGUAAUAAUCUUGAAAUUAUGGGAAAGGCAAAAGAGGAUAAAUUAGAUUUGGAGAAAAUUAAGCUUAUUAGAGAGGAUUCUUCAAAUUCAAAGGCUAAUUCAGAGUCUUUGGUACAUGUUACAAGUAGCCAUCAUAGGCUAAAUGGACAUCAAAAAGUUCAAGAAUCAUCAAAGGAGAAUUUGAAAAAUGAUCAGUUCAUUGUGUUGUCAAUUGGGCUAACAAAUGGUGGUUCUCUUCCACUUAAACUUCCAGGAAGCUAUCCAGGUUCCAUUGGAUUUAACUCAAAUGGUUCUGUUUUUCUUGAUGGUAUGAAACUGGUGUAUGAAUCACAAAGAGAAGAGUGGGGAAAAGCAGAAAAAGUGAUUGGUUGUGGAUACAAUCCAAGCCAAAAGAAAGUAUUUUUCACAGUGGAUUCACUUCUAGUGCACGAAAUUCGAUGCAAAUCAGAAGAAUUUGGGAACCCACUUUACCCAACUUUAGCAUCAAAUGGUGACAUAUUAGUACUAGUAAAUCUUGGACAAAGUGUAUUCAGAUAUCCACCAGCAAAUUUACAAAGGACACCAAAUCCUUGCUUCAUUAGUCCUAAUAUGGAAAAUAAUUCACCAAUUCUUGGAUAUGAAGACAGCAAGGAACUUUUCUCAAUGGGUAGAAUUGAUGCACAAUGGCUCAAUAGAAGUAAUACAAGAAGCAAUAACAAUACUGUUAAUAGUUUGAAACAAGUAUUAGAUUAUGAUUUGGAGUCUGAAGGUGAUUUAUUUGAAAUUGUGUUAGAUAAUUGUAAUAGUUCUUCAAGAUCUCCCAACCCCUUGUAGAAUAUUCACAAAAAAAAAAAUGAAAUGAAACAUCAUAUUUUGUACAGUU